UAAUAAUUACCCUUAAAUGGCAAACAAAAGGAAAAUUUCAUAAUCAGGGUGGUGUGUCUGUGAAGACUAUAAAAGUCACCAUUCCACUCAACGCUUCACACUCCUACUUCUUGGUUCUUCUAGCUGCCUCACAACUGGGUAACCAGGACACCACGAUGAGCGGCAAAAAGUCUCCCGAGGAACUGAAGAGCAUUUUUGAAAAAUACGCAGCCAAAGAAGGUGAUCCAAACCAGCUGUCCAAGGAGGAGCUGAAGCUAUUGAUUCAGACAGAAUUCCCCAGUUUACUGAAAGGUCCCAGCACCCUAGAUGACCUCUUUCAAGAACUGGACAAGAAUGGAGAUGGAGAAGUUAGUUUCGAAGAAUUCCAGGUGUUGGUGAAGAAGAUAUCCCAGUGAAGGAAAAAAACAAAAUAAUGUAUCAUCAUUCCAAGCACCAGAAGAAGAGCGUCUGGGAUGUGGCCCCAUUCUAUACCCAAUCGCUAAUGUCUCUGUUUAAUUCUUUGCAAUUAUAAUGAUCUGACACUGAGGUCCAAUUACUAUUAAUAAAGAAAUUCUUAAACUCUC